AUGCCGCAGCUCUGCACCCACAGCCCCCCGCGUACAGUGGCCCGCAGCCGCCCACAGGAGCCCCGCUUCUGUAAACAGAAGGAGGUGGAAGAGCAGCUCCCCCAGCAAGGCACCGGCACCGGCUGCGGCGGGAAGCCUCCCCCCCGAACUGCUGCCACCGCCGUCUUCCCCCUCGGAGGCCGGAGCCUGGAGGCAGCGGUGCGGCCUGGCCCCGGGCCCUGCCGGCCCCGCCGCUCUCCGGGGAGCUGGCGCUGGCGCGGCUGCAGGACCGGCACUGGCACCAUCGCCUGGGAAGAGCUGUACGACCCGCCGGGAGCCCCCCGCGCACCGCCUCCAGUUCAACGGGCACCGCCAGCCCCGCAGCCUGCUCGCCGCUUGUCCCGUUACUCCGCGCCCCGGGGCCGGCAGGGGCCGCUGCCGACCGCUCCGGGACCGCCUCCGCCGCGGGGUGGGGGGGGGGGCGCGGGGUGUGCCGUCCCGCUCCGGAGCUCGGCACCCUCUGCGGCGGCGGGACCGGCGGCGGCUUCGGGUUACAACCCCGAGCCGAGGCCUGCGAGAGUCAGCCCCGCCACGCCAGGAGCCUCCAGCCCCGGCGGCAGGAGCGGCGUGAGUGGGCUGGGGCAGGGGCUGAGGCUGAGGCUGGGGCACAGCUCCAUCUCAGCGGUCCGUGGGACAGGACGUCUUUGGGGCUGCCUCUGUUGGAGGAAGGUUGGGAGCCACAGAAGGUGUGAGAGUGGCAGGGGCUGGCGCCAGGCUACGUGGACAGCCCUGCGGCAGCUGCCAGCGCAGGCCCUGUGGGGCCUCGUCCAUCUAUCCCUCUCCCUCACUCCCACUGGCCACAGGACGCAGGAAUGGCUGCUUCCCUUCCUAGCUUUGGGAUGCUGCUCCUGCUGUUGCUGCGGGACCCCAGCUCCGGAUCUGCCUCGGGGGGGGAGCGGCGCCGCGGCCCGACGCCUCGCGCCCGUCCUCCAGCCCCGGGCCGCACCGCGACCGAGCGCCGCCGUCCCGCCCGUCCCACGAGCCGGAGCCCGGCGGCGCGGGGGGACGCCGGCCCCCGGGCAGAGCCCGCCGGAGGCCGCGGAGGCCCCGCCGGCGAGCGGGGCCGCCUCGACCCCGCGGGGGGGCGGUGGGGGCGCGGACGAGCUCUCCGGCCUCCCGCCCGGCCCGGGGCUGGCGGCUGAGCCGCGGGGGCCGGUGCGGCUGCUGCUCCCCGCCGCGGAGCCGCCGGCGCCGGGCCGCGCUCCUCGGCCUCCCCCGCGGGCUGCGGGGCAGCACCCGGCGGGGGCCGCCCUCCGCGCCCCGCCCGCGCCGGCAGCUGCCCGGCGGGCCGGGCCGGGCCGGAGGAGCGGGACGCGGGCCCUGGGCCGUGCGGGCCCCUCCGGAGCAGCGCGCCGGGGCUGCGGGACGCCUGAUGCGGGCGGCGGCACGGGAGCUGGGGGCCCCGCGCACCGACAAGCGACGGGCGCUGCGCAGGUGAGCCGGCGCCGCCGGCCCCCGCCGCACCGGUGCCCGGUGCCCCGCCGCCGCCUGACGGCCGCGCUCGCCCGCAGGGACGCUGCCGCAGCUGCUGCUCUGGUGAGUCGGGCCGCCGCACGGCCCCGCCGCUGCCGGGGAGCCCGGUCCCCGCCCCGCUGCGGCCGCCCGAGGCUCGGCGGGGUGGGCUGCGGGCCGGCGCCGGAGGAGCCCGCCGCGGGGCACGGACAGGGGAGCGCGGCUGCUGCGCCGGGGCGGCUCCGGACCUGUGCCCCGGCCGGCCCGGCAGCACGGCGGGAGCCGCCGCUCCCGGGGGCGGGGCGGGCCGGGCCAGGCCAGGCCAUGAACCGUGCUGGGUGCCCCGGCGGGACGGGCAGCGCGGGCACCUGGCCCGCAGACAAGGGGUUCCUCCGGGGCGGGCAGGGCUGCAGUGGGCAACUCUGUUGGAGAGCGGUGCUGGGGCUGCCCCGGCUGGCGCGGUUACUGAUCCGGUCUCUGCCCUCCAGGGGCUUCCACCACAACCUCAGCUGGGACGCCCGGGGCCUGGGCUUCGCGGCCGGGGUGCUCCCUGCUCCGCCGCCCCUCCCCAGCUGCCUCCAGCCUGUCCCCCGGGCAGCAGCUUCCGUGCCCCAGGGCCAGCCCUCGCUCCUGCCCCCUGUUCUGGAGGCUGUGUGCAAUGACAGCGUCCCUGGGCUGCCGGGCGUCUCCAACUUCACGGUCUACCUCUACUGCAACCUCUUCAACAGCUCCCGGGGCUCCGGCCAGCGCCCGCGGGAACUGGGGGCUGCCUGCUCCAAUGCAGCCUGGUACCUCUCUGCGGGUGAGGGAGGCUCAGCAUGGGCCCGGGCCUGCCGGGAGCGCUACCCUGCCCAGUUCAACAGCACUGUCUGCAGCAACACCUCCUUGAGGGAGACCCCUGGGCCCCAGCAGGUCCUGCUGGAGCAGCUCUGUGCCGACCUGGCCCGGGGCCUGGCAGGGGCCCGGCCCCCCAGCCGCAGCGCCUGCCCGCUGGGCGCGCGCUGGGAGGACGCCUGGAGCUGCUUCCUGGGAAGCCGCGUGCUCUGGGGCGCCCGGCUCUGCGGCAGCGGGAGCCGCGAGUUGCUGCCCACUGACCUCCGGGCCUGGAUCUCCCAGCUGUGCGGCGGUCCCCAGCCCCAGGCACAGAUGCCCAGUGCCUCAGAGCCUGGGGGCACAGACCCCUGCUCCUUCAGGGCCCAGAGCCUGUGGGCACGGGGGAACACUGGCCUCUUGGAGCUGUGCAGGACUGUGCCUCCCAGCUGCUUCCAGGAGCUGGUGUGCACCAAUGCUUCCCUCCUGCAGCUGCUGGGGCAUCCCCAGCCUGUGGUCGGGGUGCACUGCGAGGGCGCCCUGCCCGGGGGACACUGCCUGCUGAAGCAGCUCCUGGCGCUCCUGCCCCUGCACCCUAGGCUGGACGCUGCAGAGCUCUGCCCAGACCCGGCCGCCUACCUGCUGGGUCUGGCCUCGCAGCUCCCACAGUGCCAGGAGGAGGCUCCAGGCUGGGCCCCCCACGUGAACUACCUCCUGCGCCUGCUUGACCGGAGCCUGGCCCUCUCCAGACGAGAGGAGGCUGGGCAGUUGGCUGGGGAGCAGCUGAGCGAUGCCAUCCUCCUCUCCAGUCUCCUGGACAACACCUCCUUCUGGGGUUUGCUCAGGGUGAACGCAUCUAGAGGCAUCCUGCGAGCUGUGGGCCAGUACCUGGGGUGGGAGCACAGGGCGUCGGCCAAGAGGGAGCUGCUGAGCUGCUUUAGUGCUGUGCUCUGGGACCUGCUCCAGGACAGCGAGGGUGCUCCCGCCUUGGACAUCCUGGCGCAGGAGUAUCUGCAGAUGCCAGAGGAGAGCUUCCAGGGACUGCUGCUCUCGGCGGGGCCCGAGGCUGUGCAGCGCUUCCUGGCCCUGCUGCACCGCUCCUGGCACCGGCUGCGCGGGGAGGUGCCGUCACCCGUGUCCGGGGAGGAGGUGCUGCCGUUGCUGGCUGUGCUGCUGCUCCGUGGAUUGCCCCAUCUCACCCCCCAGCUGUUUGUCAGCCUGUCGCAGUUCAUCCCCUUCCUGGCCGUGUCUGACAUCGCGAGGCUUCCGCCGGCCCUCCUGGCCAACGAGAGCUUCCUCGCCGCCCUGCGGACUCACAGCGCCCACCUGACGCGGGGGCAGAAGGCCGCCUUUGCCAGGCGCCUGCUGCAGGCCCCCUUCCUCGGGGCCGUGCCCACGUGGCCCCUCGGCUUCCUUCGUGCCGUCCUGCCGCUGCUGCCCCACUUGCCGCUGCGCUGCUUCCUGCAGCUCACGCCCCAGCAGAUCUGGGGGCUGGGGGAUGGCUGGCAGCUGCUGCGGCUGGGGCUGGUGCAGGGCCGCCAUGUAGCAGGCAGCCUGGCAAACAGGAGCCAUGCAGCUGGCCCCGAGCCUGGGCAGAGGCUGGGGGCCCUUGCCUGCUUCUUGAGCCCCGAGGACCUGCAGGACCUGGCAUGGCUGCGGGACCCCCGGGGGGCAGUGGAGCAGAGCCUGCUGGCGUGUGCAGCCGCAGGGACCCUACAGCAGCACGGGCGGGUCAUGCUCGCCCUGGCAGACUUGCUGCGCUCCACCAGCCUGGCCACGGUGAGCCCUGGGGAGCUGCCAGCAUGGAGGGGCAUCCUCCCUGAGAUGGGAGUGGGCUUCCUGCAGCGCCUGUCAGCUGCCCAGCUGAAUGCCCUCCUGCCCCAGCUGCAGCCAAUGCAGCUGACGCGUGCCCAGGCAUCCUUCCUGCUCGCAUGGGCUGUCCAGAGGGACAAUGUGACAGUGGGGGAAGCAGCCAGGCUGUGUCCCCUCCUGCCAGGCCUGGGGCCCACGUUGCUGGCAGCCGUCCUGGCCCCUCUCCGGGUCCAAGGCUGCGCAUGCCUGGGGCCAGCCCUACCCCUGCUCUCAGCGGCGCAGACGGCAUCCCUGCUGCAGGCUCUGCAGCCCCCGGACGGCUGGCCCCACUGCCUCCUGCCCCUGCUGCCCCUCCAGCUCCUGCGUCGUGGUGCCCAGGCUUUGCGGGGGGCUCUGUGGGACCUGAACCUGCCUUGGUCCCCGCAGCAGGCCCAGCUCCUCUGGAGGGAGGUGGGAGCCAGCACUAACCGCAGCCACCACACUGCUGGUGCCCUGGGCUCGCUGGUGGUGGGCAUGAGCUGCGUGGCGCUGCAGGAGCUGGGCCGGGAGGAUUUCCUGGGGGCUCUCCGGACCCUCUAUGUGCAGCCUCGCUCCCUGCCUGCCAGCCUGGUAAGGAGGAGGCUCCGCAACCCCUGUGGCUCGCAGGCAGCCUGUCCCUGUCCUGCACUCAAAGCAUGGUGUCCCCAGAGGCGCUGCGUGCAGGAGGAGGUGCUCAGGCGUCCUGCGCUCUCCGAGGAGGAGAUGGCACGGCUGGGACCUCGGUUCCUCAUGGAGUUGCCGGCAAAGCUGGUGGAUAUGCUGCCUGAUGCCAUGAUGCGGCUGGUUCUGGACCAUGCAAUCCGCCAGCCCCGCAGCCUGCUGGCCCUGCCGGCUACCCGCCGGGCAGCCCUGGCCCGUGGGGCCCUGCGCUCCCUGCGGCUCCCAGCAGGGACAGAGCUGGGUGGGGAGGACCUGGACCGGCUGGGCCCCCUGGUGGGGUUCCUGGGCCGGGAGACUGUGGCCCGCGUCCAGCCCCAGAGCCUGCUGCCACGGCUGGGGGACCUGCAGGACACCUGCCUGGCCGCGGAGGUGGGCGCCGAGCUGGGGCGGCUGCUGCUGUCGGAGCAGGCGCUGGGGACACCGCCAGGCUGGCGCCUGCCCACCCUGCAGCAGCUGGGGCGCCUGGUCUUCCUGCUGCCCCUCGAGAGCCUGCGUGCCAUCCCCCGGGACUUGCUGAGCAGAGACACGGUGGAGCAGCUGCUGCAGAGCCAGCGGGACUGGGAGCAGAGUGAGCUGGGACACCUCUGCCACCCCCCUGGCACCCUGGGUGAGGGCCCCAACCCGCAGGAAGUGCUGGUGGCCCCGCUGGUGACAGCUGCCGGGCCAGGGGAGCGAGGUGAGACCGUACACUCCCCCCCCCAGCCCUGUCCCCGCUCUGCACCUCCUGUCCCUGGUGCUCUCGCAUGCCCUGCCCACACACUUUGUGCCCCUGCUGCCCAUGUUCCCCAUGCUGUUCCCUCCCUGGGCUGGCCCUAUGUCCCCAGUGCCCAGUGUCCCCAUGCCGACUCCUCCCCGGGUGGUGUGUCCCCCUCGUGCUGGGGCCAGCCCGCUCAGGCCAGCUCUGCAGCCCCCGUGCCCAGCUGUGCCGACAUGCGUGCCACCUUCCCUGCGGUGUGGAGCGCAGCCCAGCUGGCCGCCAUGGCCCCCCAGCAGCUGGAGGGCUGCCUGGGGCUGCUCAGCCAGGACACGGCGCUGCGCCCCGACCAGCUCCGGGCUGCCCUGGGCCAGGCCCGGCGGCUGUGGGGCAGCACCGGGGCGCUGGAGCCAGCCCAGACCCUGCGCCUGGGCCGGCUGGCCACCCAGCUGGGCGAGCCGGAGCUGCGGGAGCUGCUGCUUCCUGACUGGGGGGCCCUCUCUGCCCUGGGGGAGCUGGACAGCUGGUCACCCGAGCAGAUGCGGGCCGUGGUGUCCGCCUUCCUGCGGCAGCGUGGGGUGAGCGCCCGGGACCUGGGGCUGCCUGAGCUGGUGGCACUGGGGCACCUGAUCUGUGGGCUGUCAGCGGCUGAGCUGCGGGGCCUGGACAGCCGGGAGCUCAGCAAAGCUGCUCCUUUCCUGGGCUCGCUGAGCCUGCGCUGCACGGAGCAGCAGGCGGAGGUGCUGGCCGCCUGCCUGACCUCCAGUGCUGCCUUUGGCCCGGCCGCGACCUGGGGACCCGAAAUCUUCGCAGAGGUCGGGACGCUGGCAGCUGGGCUCCCCGACAUCGUCCUCUCUGCGCUGGUCCCUGAGCAGAUCUGGGCCCUCACGCCCCGGGCCAUCGCUGCUGUCCCGGCACCCAAGUUCGCAGUGGUGUUUGGCCCAGCUCAGCUGCGCACCUUCUCCAGCACCCAGGCCGCGGCUGUCACCCUGGGGCAGCGCCAGUGGCUCAGCAGCGCCCAGCGCCAGGCCCUGGCCAGCGCUCAGCGUGAGGGACAGGCUGCCCAGGACGGCCAAGGCAGGAGUGGAGCCAGGCCCCAGUCUGGCUUCAGCUUGGUUCUCCUCCUCUGCCUGACCCGCUGCUUUCUGUGAGCGUCCCAGUAAUAAACUUGUGAAGGGCAUAA